AUCCCGAUACUCAUGGCGGUAAAUUCUGAUCGUAGGUCACCCCUCUCCCUCAACUCAUUCGGAUGUCUAUUGCAUUUUGCGGCAGAGAGAGGGACAAAUUCAUCCCCCAAAAACACAAUUCAAAAAUUUAAUCAAAAUUAAUCAACACAGAAAGAAAACCCAAAGAAAUUCCGUCAAAACAAGAUCUUGUAAAUUAAAAUCAAGAAAUGUAAGGAAAGUCAUCAUCUUUCCCACAUAUAAUUUCCAUUUUCAAAUUCCAACCUUAUAUGUUUUGAUCGAUCCCAGAAUUCAUGUAUGUAAUAUGUUGAUGAUCGAACCAACUUGAAUUUAUAUUUUUAUACAAAUUGUUUUUUUAUAUAAAAAAAAAGAGAGAAUGCCAAAAACAACUCCUGCAGAGAAUCCAUCAUCCUCUCCAACAUCUUCCUCUAAUGAUAAUUCAUUUUCUCCUGCCGAUAUUACUGUCAAGACCAUCAAGAAAAAAAAGUCCAUACUUCCAAAGAUUUUCAGCUCCAAGAAAAGUUGCAAAACAUCAGACGACGUAGUUUCUGAAUCAGAAAUUGACAAGAAACUUGCUGAAAGAAGAAAAGUUUUCUUAGACGACUCUCGUUUGAUCAGAAAGAGCUUCUCAGAAAGGAAGAGCAACCCACGUAUUGAAGGGCUUGAUUUGUCUAAUUUUGAUUCAACUUUAGCAUCGGUAGCACCUGUUAUGGAUCGUAUAAAUUACCGGAUAUUUGUAGGAACUUGGAAUGUAGGUGGGAGAAAUCCAACUAAUGAGCUUAACCUUGAUGAUUUCUUGCACGUCGAGGGCUCUUCGGAUAUAUAUGUAAUAGGGUUUCAGGAAAUAGUUCCUUUAAAUGCAGGCAAUGUUUUAGUGUUAGAGGAUAAUGAACCUGCAGCAAGAUGGCUAACCUUAAUAAACAUAGCAUUAAAUCGGAUAAACCAUAGUUCCUUAAACUCAACAGGUGAUUCAAGCCCGAGUACAAAACCAUCAAAGGACUCAUCAAAAUCUAACUUCUUCCAGAAGCCUAAUCUGAAACUUCUUAGUAAGAAUCUCAGAGGAGAUAGCAGCCUUGUUAAGACCUGUAAUUGUUGUUUUGAUUCACUCACACUACUUCCAGAAACGCAUAGACCAAGACGUAUACAUGACAAUCCUUUCCAAAAUCGCUACACAAGCAGCAUGGAAGAAUUCUUUUCUAUUGUACCAGAAUCCUCUGCCUACCCUGGUUUUGCUGAAUACAAUCUAAUCUCAAGCAAACAAAUGGUUGGCAUCUUUCUUUCUAUUUGGGCUAGAAAAGAAUUGGUUCCAUAUAUUGGCCACGUCAGAGUUUCUUCCAUGGGAACCGGGAUAAUGGGCUGUCUAGGGAACAAGGGAUGUACAUCAAUAAGCAUGACACUCCACAGAACUAGCUUGUGCUUUGUGUGUUCUCACUUGGCUUCAGGACAGAAGGAUGGAGAUGAGUUGAAGAGGAAUGCAGAUGUAGCAGAUAUAUUAAAAGGCAUGCAAUUUCCAAAGAUAUGCAAGAAUUCCGAGAAAAAAGCACCUGAGAAGAUCAUUGAUCAUGAUCGAGUCCUUUGGUUUGGAGAUCUUAACUAUCGCGUGUCUUUGCCUUACGAAGAAGCUAGGCUUCUCCUAGAGGAAAACGAUUGGGAUACUCUCCUUGAGAAAGAUCAGCUGAAGAUAGAGAGAGAUUCAGGUAGAGUGUUUAGUGGAUGGAAGGAGGGAAGAGUAAUGUUUGCACCAACUUACAAAUACAAUCAAAAUUCAGACAUGUAUGCAGGAGAGACUACUAAAUCAAAGAAGAAACGGCGUACCCCUGCCUGGUGUGACAGGAUAUUAUGGCAUGGACAUGGUAUUGAACAACUACACUACGCGAGAGGUGAAUCGAGGUUUUCUGAUCAUAGGCCUGUAUGUGCAGUGUUCUCUGUGGACGUCGAGGUGAGGCGUAAAAUAAGCUCAAGGUUUAGGAAAGGCUAUUCUUCUUGCACUGCUGGUUCUAGAUUAAGUGACUGUGCGCCUCAACGGCACAGUUUUUAUGAAUUCUGACGUCUAACUAACUAACUAACUAACCCCGGCCAAUAUUAUGUACCAAAUUUCCAUUCUUUUGUAAAUUUGAUUAGAUCGUUUUUUGGUGUAAAGAGGAACAUUAGAAAAUACAAUAGCAGUAGCAAUCUGCAAUUUUGAUACAGUUAUACGUACACAAGUUUCUGAGAAAGCAACAUUGACAUCUACAUAAGAAUAUAAGAUAGGUCCUGCUACUGAUUAGUAAUACUAAC